GCUUCUGCCGUUGCACUUCAUAUGUGCUCGGCUACAUUCUCCAAGCUUAAGAGAGAUUCUCCAAUGGAUUUCUGCUAUAUAUAUCUCACUAUAAUUUGCGGAAACCUACCAAGAUUUAGCUGAGACCCCUUGAACUGGUUCUCUUUCCUCCGAUCUGUUUAUAUUUCUCAUACUAUUUUCAUACCUCUAACAUAGUCCAAUAUCCCUGGAAGCCCUCAAGACAUGUUUUCCGGAGGGAAUAUCCACAUGAGUGAUCAGCUAAAGUACAUAGAAGUAUUAUUACGCACGAACGCAUCUUUGUCAAGUUCGCACACGCAAACGCGAACGCAGAAUUCACCGUGCCCUCCUUCAGCGUUGUUAAAUCUCCUGAGCCGGGCUAACUGCAAGAAUUUCACAUUACGCUCGCCGAUCGCCUUUCGAUCCCUGAUAAGCAUCCAUUCCACGACGGCUCGGAGGAGGAGAGCCUGGUAUGGUGCGAGUCAUGCGUGUAAGAUCAUGGAAAGUAGUGUGGACUAUUAUGACACGAUGGCUGAGGACGGGUCCACUCAAUUCGCAGGCCAUCUUGGAUCUCAAUUCUGUUGGCGCAGCAUCGAUAGUCCCCGCGCCUUGAUAAAGAUCUUCUGGACUUGCGGUCACUCAUUGACAGAUCCCGCGCUUGUGCAUUUCUCUAUAAAUCCAGGGGAAUAUGAGUACUUAAACGUGCUAGAGCUUCGGGUUCACAAGAAGUGGGUGCUCGCCUCGGAUGAGCUAUCGGCACCAAUUCGAAUAAGAGAGCUCAACCGAGACAGAAUAGGCGCCUUGCAAAGUUCCACUUUGGUACUAACCAGUCCAUAUGGCGCAAUUGAUAACGAAGAAGGCAUUUUGGGCGCUACUUGCAUGCGGAACUGCCUGCCAUGUACAUUCUUCCUGUCUUCGGUAUUACUGGGCGUCGGAAAUUUCUGUCUGAAUUUCCGUGCAAGACGGCGCCUAUCAAUAUACUGGGACAAAAGAAUUGUAGGCUGUGGUCCCGAUGUACGCAUGUCAGAGUCCUAA